CCAAAUCACAACAACAUCAAACAUUGCUGUCUUAAAAGAGAUCUGAAACAGGAGCUAGUUCAAAGUCUGUCGAAGAUGGCAGGAACAAGCUCUGCGAGGAUUGUUUUAGUUGUUGUGUUUGGUGUUUUAGCAUUGAUUGGGUCCGCACAGGCUCAACUGCAGAUGAACUUUUAUGCCAGCAGCUGUCCUAAAGCCGAGCAGAUUGUGCUGGACUAUGUUAAACAGCACAUCCCUAAUGCCCCAUCCCUCGCUGCUUCUUUCUUAAGAAUGCACUUCCAUGAUUGCAUUGUCAGGGGCUGUGAUGCAUCAGUGCUUCUAAACUCCACAUCUGGCCAAGCAGAGAAGAAUGCAGUCCCAAAUCUAACACUGAGGGGCUUUGAUUUCAUUGAAAGAGUGAAGAGCCUCCUCGAAGCCGAAUGCCCUGGAGUUGUCUCUUGUGCCGAUAUCCUCACUUUGGUUGCCAGAGACUCUGUAGUAACCACUGGAGGUCCAUUUUGGAAUGUUCCAACAGGAAGAAGAGACGGUGUGAUAUCCAAUAUCACCGAAGCAAAUACCAACAUUCCAAGCCCUUUCCACAACUUCACUACUCUCCUUACUCUUUUCAGUAACCAAGGACUUAACUUGACCGACUUAGUUCUCCUAUCUGGUGGUCACACCAUCGGCAUAUCCCAUUGCCCGGCUGUUUCGCGCCGACUGUACAAUUCCACCGGCCCCGGCGGAAUCGACCCAACCAUGGACAGCGAGUACGCUGAAAACCUCAAGGCCAACAAGUGUAAAACCGCGAGCGAUAACACCACAAUACUUGAGAUGGACCCUGGGAGUCGGAAAACCUUCGAUCUUAGCUACUACUCACUCUUGCUCAAAAGAAGGGGUCUUUUCCAAUCCGAUGCUGCUUUAACCACUGAUUCAACCAGCUUGGCUUUCAUCAACCAGCUCCUUACCAGUCCCCCACAGUUCUUCUUUGAUGAGUUUGCCAAAGCCAUGGAGAAAAUGGGUCGGGUUAAUGUUAAGACUGGAUCCGAAGGCCAGAUCCGGAAGCAAUGUGCCCUUGUCAACAACUAAAAUAGAAAGGGUUUUUUUUGUUCUUUUCUUUGUUUCCUUAUUUUUGUUGUUGAGAUUUUUUUUAUUUAUAGUGUCGGGGUUAAGGGAAUAAAACAGGUGAAGACAACUACUUGGAGAUGGGACUCUUUCGGUUUGUUCAUGUAGUUUUCGGUGUGAUGUCGUGCGCAAUCCAGCUCACUGUUUUUUUUGUUCUUUCUGACCUUUAUGUAUUAAGUUGGACUUGUGAAUAAUAAAGGGUAAACUGUAUUUUUUGUCA